GACACGGAAGUGACUCCGAACAGGAAGAGGACGAAAAAAAUAACCGUCCGCGACGCCGAGCCGAACCAGACCCGCAGGCACCAUGAACAGCAAAGGUCAAUAUCCAACGCAGCCGACCUACCCAGUGCAGCCUCCCGGGAAUCCAGUGUACCCUCAGACCUUGCAUCUUCCUCAGGCUCCACCCUAUACCGAUGCUCCACCUGCCUACUCAGAGCUCUAUCGUCCGAGCUUUGUGCACCCAGGGGCUGCUACAGUCCCCACCAUGUCAGCGGCAUAUCCUGGCACCUCCCUGUAUCUUCCCAUGGCCCAGUCUGUGGCUGUGGGGCCUUUAGGUUCCACUAUCCCCAUGGCUUACUACCCAGUUGGGCCCAUCUACCCACCUGCCUCCUCCCCCUGGAUGCCCUCCGAAUGCCGCUCAGCUGGCAGUCAUGCAAGGAGCCAAUGUCCUUGUAACUCAGCGGAAGGGGAACUUCUUCAUGGGGGGCUCAGAUGGUGGCUACACCAUCUGGUGAGGAGCCAGGGCCGCGUCUGUGCCGGGGAAGACAUCACAUACCGUCAGCACUUCUCACAAUGUAACUGCUUUAGUCAUAUUAACCUGAAGUUGCAGUUUAGACACAUGUUGUUGGGGUGUCUUUCUGGUGCCCAAACUUUCAGGCACUUUUCAAACUUAAUAAGGAACCAUGUAAUGGUAGCAGUACCUCCCAAAAGCAUUUUGAGGCCGGGGAGGUCUCCAUUCAUCAAAUGAAUGUGGGUGAAAGAACCCUACGGAGACUCCUUGGCUUCCUCCGGAGUCCUACUGUACUAUACUAUACUGGUCUUUGCUUUUAGUCAUGAAACAUCCAAAUUAGGUUUGGAGGGGAACUUUGAUCUUCCUAAGAAUUAAAGUUGCCAAAUUACUUUGAUUGGUCUUUAAUCUCCUUCAAGUCUUUGAUUUAUAUUACUUGCUAUAAAUGAAACGCAUUAGUUGUCUACCUUUUCCUUUCUACCCCCGGUCUCCUGCCCCUGCUGCCAAUCUCCAUCGAAUCAAUGGUGCAGGACAGAAAGCCUCUCCUCGCCCUUCUCCCUACUUGUCAUCUUUGAAAUAGUCAUUCACCAGGAUCCUCUGAAACCCCCUCUGCUCCAAGCACGGACCCCAUUAACUUCUGCUUUCCAUUCUCAGGCGAGACUGGAGAGUGUCAUGCAGAUCAUUUUUUAAGGGGGCGUGGGGUGCUUCUCAUAGGCUGCCUCUGCAUGAGAGAACCGAACCCCAAUGUGCUGUGGUGCCAGAAAGCCAGUGAGGCUGUGUUUGAACCAAGGCUAGCGAUGCUGACCAGACUGUAGCCAAGUCGGCUUCGAUGGGAAUGAGCGGGGAAGAGAAGGGUGCCCAGUGAUGUGGAGCCAAACUAAGGGGAGUUUUGAGGUCCAAAACACCAGUUCCCAUUUAUUGUCAAGAAUACCCGAUACAGCCACUCCUGGCUCCCCAAAGUCCCUCCGCUGGGUUAAUGGGGUCACAUUAUGAAUGCCUCACUAUGUCCAGUCUCAUUAGGGUGAAGAAUAUUUCAGGGAUCCUUAAUUUUUUUUCUUUCUGAAAUUGGAUCUUAUCAUUUCAGUUCAUCAAAAUUUGUGUUCUGUACAUGUGAUGUUCGACUGUACCAUUGACUGUUAUGGAAGUUCAGCGUUGUAUGUCUCUCUACACUGUGGUGCACUUAACUUGUGGAUUUUUUUAUACUAAAAAUGUAGAAUAAAGACUAUUUUGAAGAUUUGAAUAAAGUGAUGAAGUUGCAUUA